CGCUGGCAGGCAGCGGUACUGAUCAGCCAGCUGGACUCUGGCUGCGUUGAGUCAGUCCGCUGUAGCUGUGCCGACUGGAGGGAUGUGACCCCGGAACAGGACGCCCUCCUACAACAACACACCAUUCAAACAGAGCACAGAAGAAAGAAAAGCUGGACCAGGAGGGAGCCACAGGAGCAGGGGGGAUGAACCGCGAGGAGGCCCCGGGGAAGUCUCCUGAAGACAUGUACAUCCAACAGAAAGUGCGGGUCCUGCUCAUGCUUAAGAAAAUGGGAUCAAAUCUUACGCCGAGUGAAGAGGCUUUUCUCCGAAAUUACGCAGGUGUGGUCCACAGUCAGAUGAGCCAGCUACCACAGCACAACAUAGACCAGGGUGCUGAGGACGUGGUGAUGGCGUUCUCACGGUCAGAGACGGAGGACCGGCGACAGUGACCCUGGGCCCCCCCCCACCCUAUCCCACCCCGCCCCACACGUGAUCCGCAACAACCCAAACUCCACAAACACGACACUGAUGAGCUCAGGAGAGGAGGGGCACCAGGAAGGGACAGAAGAGGAGGGGAAGAGACACCAGGAGGUGGCUGCCUCCCUCUCCCCCAGCCUUUUCCAUCCCAACUCCUCCUCACACAAGCUGACACACCAUUACCUGAGAUGCACUCAAGUGGGUCACUGUGGGUUGACGCCUUGGCAACAAGGCAGUCAAUGAAAACACUCACAGAUUGUGUGGAUGAAUAUCAAAUGUAGUUUUUUUUGUUUCUUU